GAUCCGGCGAAAAACUAAGUGGGCUGUGUCUGUGGGUUAAUUAAGUUAACUUACUCGCUGAGCCCUUCGUCGCAAGCGAUGGGUUCGACGAGAAUGAUGACCGGUGAUUGGGAUACCAAAAAGCACCAUUAGUGGAUCGGGAUGAUUCGAAAUGACGUGUAAUACAUUAUAUUUAGUAAUUCAUACAUACUUUUCGUUGAACUGACAUGGCUUCGAGCUUUUGUUACAAAAAAUGCGAUAGUGUGAGUGUUGUCCUUGCCUGUUCAAUUGACAAAUAAAAAAAUUUAAAGAACAGAAAAUUGACAGAUGGCAGAUGUAAACAAAACAACAGGAAACAAGUACCGUAUCUGGUUAAUCAUAGUUUAGAGGGUUUUUAAAGUUUCAAAAUAUAAAUACUACAUAGUACUUACCCAAUUUAACACAACAAACAAAUAAAUCAACACGGAAGAUAGGAUGUCGACCAAAUCAAAAAAUAUCUUUAGUAGGAGUAAACCGUUGAUGAAUAUUUACAGUGGUUAUGACGAUGAAGGCAAAGCGGUGGAAGUUAGAGAAGAUGCAGAGCAAUUAGUGAAGUGGCAUGAGAUAUCUGAUGCUCUGGUUGCAGCUGGAUAUUAUCGUGCUCAGCUUCAGGGCCUUUCAGAAUUUGAUAAAAUAGUUGGAGGGCUCACAUGGUGUAUCGAACUAUGUGAUAUUGAUGUUGAUAUAAGUUUAUUAUUUGAAGAAAACCUUACAAUUGGAAAGAAAAUAGCCUUAACAGAGAAAAUUGUAAAAAUAUUACCAUCAAUGCAAUGUCCAUACACAAUAGAACCUCAUCAAAUACAAGGUCUAGAUUUCAUAAAUAUAUUCCCUCUUGUCCAAUGGCUAAUUAAAUACUCCAGUGAAUUCAGGGAGGCUAAGGAGGAUGAACUCAGAAGAUUUGCUGUGUUACAAUAUGAAAAAAAUUACAUAUUUGAAUCGGACAGAGCUAUGUUCUUAAAAAAAGAAAAUUUGUUGAAAACUAUUGUUGCAGUGCAGAACAUGUACAAACCAUGUCGUGUGCGUAAAAGGAAAGGUGGUUUACCGGGGAGUGAGCUGGAACAAGUCAAUGCGACACUCUCUGAAUAUGAUCAGAGAAUGCUGAUGCAUGUAACAACAAAUAAGGAUGAUUCUAACAAUGAUGAGGGUCUUGAUUUCUUGUAUGAUUAUGAAAAAACACUUGCUGAUCCUUCUCAGAUUACUACUGAAACAGAUGUAUUCAAAAAGGAUGAACAUACUAUAAUUGAUGAUCCAAACAUGAAAGUCCAUUAUGCGGUAUUGCAUUCUGAACUUACCGGGGAAAUGUCAAAGGAAUUAGAGGAAAGUGAAAAGUUUAAAUAUAGUGAAGAUAUCGAGAAACUUACUAAAGCUAUAGAUGUUAUGCAGAGAGAAGUGGAUGUUCUUAAACAACAACACGAAGCAAGAAUGGAAAAUGCUAAAAAACAGUACAGCAACAAAAUUGGAAAAUUGCAGAAGAUUACAUUAAAAUUGAUGAACACUAAUAAUUAUAGUGAUAAAGAUGUGAAAGAGUUCUACAAAUCACUAAAAGACCUGGGAAAAGAACAGAAUGAGCUUGUGAAAGUAGUUCAGCACAGAGACAGGGUUUACAAGAAAUUAGAAGAAGAACUAAGAACUGCAAAGAGUCCAGAAACCGCAGUGGAGGAGACGCCGCUAACGCCUGAAGAAUUAAAAGAAGUACGCGAGAGAGAAGAGAAGCUGAAGUCGUUUAUCACGACCACGAGGCUGGAGGUCGCCAAGUUGAACCGCGAGGUGGUCCGGUACACGCGCGCCCUCGACGACGUGCCCGGCGCCGCCGAGCUGCUGCAGUACGAGAAGAGAUUUGUCGAGCUCUAUAACCAAGUUGCCUCGAAGCACAAGGAAACAAAACAGUACUACAUAUUCUACAACACCCUGUACGAAGUUAAACUGUACACCACGAAGGAGUUGAGUUUGCACAAUUCGAUUCUGGACAAUUACGAAGAAGCAAUGUCGUCGGCAAGGAAGCGGGAAGAGUUCAUGUCUCAAUUCGAAAAUAUAGUCGAGUGGGUCAAUCAAACUGUGAAAAAAGUCGAGGAUAAAUAUAGAGCCGAGAAGGAACGCAAGGCGGAUCUGUACAACGAGUACUCGAGGUUAAUGAAUGUGCAGAGGCAGUACGGCGCCGCCCUCAAGAAGUUGGCUGAAGAAAGACAGAAGAUAACCAGACGCACGCAACCGAGGGAAGAAGUAUAGUCGAUGGGUGUAAUACGUAUGUCCCGCUGCUUCGAUCAUUUUCCAUUUGCUCAAACUUUCCUUCUUUUUUUUUCUACCUAAGCUUGCCUUGAGCCUUGAGAGGCUACUUCAGCGUAACCUUAACUAGUAGGUGAGCUUACGGGGAUCAAGAGCAGUGCUUCGCAGAAUCUACCACCGGAUCGGAAACGCGAUCCACUGAGAAGAUCUGGCGAGAAACUCAACGGGCUGUGUCUGUGGGGUAAUUUACACGCCGAGCCCCGAGAACGAUGAUCGGUGCUUGAGGUACCUAAAAACACCGUUAGUGGAUCGGGAGGAUCCGAAAUGACGUAUUUUGGGCGACGUCGACCGCUUUCCAUUCUGUCCGCAGGAUCAGGAAUGCAAACUUUCCGACUUCGGUCGCAACCUCAUGGGCUAUAAAGACUCGCUCACCGUUCAAGCAUCGAUACGUAUCUAGCGAUGCACCGGUGUUCGAAUCCCGCAGGCGGAUACAAAUUUUUCAAAUGAAAUACGUACUUAUCAAAUGUUCACGAUUGACUUCCACAGUGAAGGAAUAACAUUGUGUAAUAAAUAAAAUGAAAAAACCCGCAAUGUUAUAAUUUGCGUAAUUACUGUUGGUAGGACGUCCUGUGAGUCCGCACGGGUAGGUACUACCGCCGCGCCUAUUUCUGCCGUGAAGCAGUAAUGCGUUUCGGUUUGCAGGGUGGGGCAGCCGUUGUACUGUAAAGACGGAGACCUUAGAACUAUAUCUCAAGGUGGCGGCAUUUACGUUGUAGAUGUCUAUGGGCUCCGAUAACCACUUCACAUCAGGUGGGCCGUCCACCCAUCUAAGCAAUAAAUAAAUAAAAAAACAUAAUAUUUAUUAAAAUCAAAAGUUAAUUAAUUAAAAACGUUAAUUUAAAAUGAUUCAUUCAAUACGUGCAAUAAUCGGAACUCUGAAGACACCAACGUAAAUUAAUUCCUCCUUGAGCGCGCGUGAGCUUUUCUUUAAGUAAAUAUCGACUGACUCGGUGGUGCAUUUGUUACGGCUCUUGACUCCCGGAUCGUGGCUUCGAUUACUUCCAUCGGGUAAACGUUCGUGUGAUGAACAAGUUUGCUUGUUCCUUGUCUGGGUGUUUAAAAUCUAUCUAUAUAUGUACAUAUUUAAACAUUUACAAGUAUGUACAUCGACCUCUGGUUCCCAUGGAACAGAAAAUGUUAGUUUGGGGCCAGGUGACCAUGUGUGAAAUAAUAAUAAUAUAGUCUAAAAAUAAUCUAUAAAACUGUGCACAUGUAAUUACUGGUAGACCGCAAUCUUUCUGCUCGUAAGGAAUGUCAACUUAAGAUCACAGAUUAGUUUUUACAUCACCCUCGUUUAUGAAGUCAACUCAUAAAUUUUAACCUCAUCAUAAUAUUUGUUUAAACGGUUUCUAUUAAGCUGACUUAUAACUAGGUUACUUCUUAUCCCGAUUAUUACCCUGGUUAUUUCGAGAAGCUACCGUGUGUUCUGACUUCGAAGAGUGACUUCGUCGUUAUACGGUUCAAUUGAUGUUUGUAUCUCAUAUCACUUCUUAUGAUAUGACGGCAUCCAUAUUGUGGUAUCUAUAAACUCUAGUAGCCAUGUUUAUUUAAUUUUUAACCAUUAUAAUAAUUUUGUAAUUAACUAGUCAGAUCCGGCAACUAUAUGUUGUUUCAUUGGCUAAAUAUAAGUAACAUAUCAGUUUGUGGAUUACACACGUGCGCCAUCUGUUAUUCAUUAACUGAAACUUGAUUUUCUUAGAGACGCAAAAAAGACACUCAUUUUUUAUUUUUUUAUUUAAAUAGAUCGUUCUAAUACUGUUUUCUUAGUACUCUAUAUUAGCAAAGCAGAAUCUGUUAAGGGUACAAGUAAUAAUAAUUGUGCUUAAGCUCGCUCGGUUCCCAGUUGUAAGAUUACACCCUUAUGAAAAUAUGUGAAUAUGUUUUUUUUUUUUUCUUUUGUCUAGGCAAUGAAUACUGUAGAUGUAAAUUAGUGUAGUUUCUUGCUUAGUUAACAUAAGUAUGUAAUUGUAUGUCAUCUAUUGUAAUAUAUGUUAAGAAAUGCUCCUAGUCUAAUGAAGAUGAAUAAGUACAUAUGUAUGUAAUCUUAACUUUGUAUUAAUCAUUCCGUACGUUUUCUAUAGUUAUAUGUAUUACAUAAAGUUUAGUAUAAAAAUGUCUAAUUCUCAUGUUGUAAAACUACAUAAUAAUGUAUCGGGUAAUGAUAGUGAAUAAUAUAUUUUUUAAUUCAAA